CUCUAUCAUCUUUCACUCUCACAUUCUGGUAUCCAUCCGCCGCCACUGCAUUGCUGAGCUCCCCGCCAAGCAAACAAACAACACCUCCAUCCACCUCGCCUUGCAACCAUUGACCACACGAAACAUCUCACCGCCACCAUGAGCAACGGCAACGGUUCCACACCGCGCACAGCUCCCGAGCCGAUCAUCCACGUCGAGCCACCCCGCCGCGAGGACCUCCAGCCCAGCUAUGCGCAAGUCAUCAAGCCAGACACCGAAGACGACUCGCAGCAUGGAUGGUACGGUUCCAUGAUCAACGGACUGGGAUCUCUGAUCGGAAAUUUGGGAGCCAUUCCUUGCUGCAUCAUCUGUCCAAACCCCUACAAGCCCGUGGCACAGGGUAACGUCGGUCUCGUCACCAAAUUCGGUCGUUUCGCACGCGCAGUCGAUCCUGGCCUUGUCAAGAUCAACCCGCUCUCCGAGAACCUCAUCCAAGUGGACGUCAAGAUUCAGAUUGUCGAGGUGCCGCGUCAAGUAUGCAUGACGAAGGACAAUGUCAACCUUACGCUCACCUCCGUCAUCUACUACCACAUCACAUCCCCACAUAAGGCCGCCUUUGGAAUCUCCGACCUUCGCACCGCCUUGGUUGAGCGUACGCAGACGACCCUUCGCCAUGUAAUUGGCGCCCGAGUCCUACAGGACGUAAUCGAGCGCCGAGAAGAGAUUGCACAGUCGAUUCGGGAUAUCAUUGAUGAGACGGCUACAGGUUGGGGAGCUGCCGUGGAGAGCAUGCUCGUGAAGGACAUCAUCUUCAGCCAGGAAUUGCAGGAAAGCCUGUCUAUGGCGGCACAAAGCAAGCGGACGGGAGAGGCCAAGGUCAUCUCCGCAAGAGCAGAAGUUGAAUCCGCCAAGCUCAUGCGUCAAGCGGCCGACAUCCUGUCCAGCCCUGCUGCUAUGCAGAUUCGAUACCUGGAGGCUAUGCAGGCAAUGGCGAAGACCGCGAACAGCAAGGUCGUGUUCUUGCCCGCGCAAAACCAAACGGUCCAGUCGCAAAUGGCCGUUGCAGAGCGACACGGAGAGGGCCCGUCUGCUUACGCCGACUACGGCACCAACUCCUCAAACGGAGGAGCGCUCACAACUCAGAGCCCCCACGACUUCCACGGCAACACGCAGGGCUUCCAGGACGCCGUAAACUCGAGGGUCGUGGAGAACAUGUGAAGAGUGGGCAGUGAUGAAACGAUAGGGAGGACACAAACCACAAAUUGGUAAUGGGAUGAUUGGAAAUGAGGAUUGAUAUGCGGCGGUCGUUUUGAGUGAUACCCCUGUUCUCUGUUAGCUUGAUGUUAUGAAUUGGACGUUCUCUGCUUC